AUGACUGGUUACGAGAUCACAAGUUUUGAGUUUCGCGUAUUGUUGCGUCAUUAUUGGAGAAAGAAUUUGAAUGCAAAAGCAGCUGCCAAAGCAAUUUGCGACGUCGAAGGUGAAGGUACGGUGGCAUCGCGAACUACACAGAAAUGGUUCAAGCAUUUCAAUGAAGGCGAUUUUGAUCUUGAAGACAGGCCACAUUCCGGACGACCAACGGUUUUGGACGAAGGAGACUUGCAGACCGCUUUGGAUGUUGAGCCGUCAUCAAGCACACGCGAAUUGACUGAAGAACUUGGUGUCGCUAAUAAGACAGUUUAG